GGAAGUCAAUUGUAAACUAUUAAAACAAAAAAUGGCAGCUUACAGGUACAGCCACUUAGCUUGGCUGGCUUUUGUUUUCAGUUUGUCAGUGAUUUUAGCCACAGACGCUCAAGAAACGACCUACUCCAGUGACAACCUCGUCAGUGCRGUCGAAAAUCUACAAGCCGACGCCGAAACCGAGAAGCGAACGGUUGGAGAACCCGCGGUGGAGGAGAGGCGAUGGGAAGCGACUCGGGUGGAAGAUGCUACCGCCGACAAACAAGCGUUUCCUGCUUCUGACGCUACAAUGUUCACUUCAACACCACAGUUUCAGGAUGAUUUUCAGGAGGAGCUAGUAAUCAGACCGUUGCACUCAGGGGAUAUUUAUGCCAGCUUCCAGUUCCGAACAUUGUGGCAAACUGAUUUUAUGAGAGGAAACAAAGUGUCCCACUAUCGGCUGUUUCCAAAAUCUCUGGGUCAGGUCAUCUCCAAGUUCUCUGUACGAGAGCUGCACAUCUCCUUCACUCAGGGCUACUGGAGGACCAUGCAGUGGGGACAGCCAUAUCUACCGUCUCCGCCAGGAGCCGAACUCUGGGUUUGGUUCCAGGACACUGUGACAGAUGUGGAUGCCACAUGGAAGGAGCUGACCAACGUUUUGUCAGGCAUCUUCUGUGCUUCACUGAACUUCAUUGACUCCACCAAUACWGUUCAGCCCAGCGCCUCUUUCAAACCACUGGGGAUAGCCAAUGUGACAGACCAUCGCUUUCUUCGCUAUGCCACCCUCCCACGGGAAAUUGUCUGCACUGAGAAUUUGACGCCUUGGAAGAAACUGUUGCCAUGUGGAUCCAAGGCUGGUCUCGCUGUGCUGCUGAAGUCAGAGAAACUCUUCCACAGUAGUUUUCAUUCUCAGGCAGUGCACAUAAGACCAGUGUGUCAGGACUCUCUGUGUAAAGACACAUCCUGGGAGCUGAGGCAGACACUGAACGUUGUCUUUGACCUGCACACCUCUGGACAGGGCAAACGAGAGUGGUCUUUGUUCAAGAUGUUCUCGCGGACCUUGACAGAAGCCUGCCCAUUGGCYUCCUCCAGUAAAAUCUACAUCGACAUCACAGAAAACACUCAGGAGAGAAACAUUUUGAGGUUUUAUUACCCGAAAACAAAAAUGGAGAAGUUCUGCAGCAGUUUUAAGGAGGAGCAGUUUGAGCUUAUCCCAGCCACUCCGCUAGUAAGCCAGGCCGUGGUGCUCGGGGACAGACGGACCUUCUCUGUGUACGAUCUGACCCAGCAGGUCACCUUCGGGACUGUUCGCUCCCUCAACCUGCUGAUCCGCUGGAAAUCCAGUGAUGGUGUCAUGCUCCGCCCCUUGCUCCACGCUGAGCGUUACGUUGCUGGGUAUGGGCUGCAGACAGGAGAGAUUCACACCUUAAUGUACAACCAUCACCCCUUCAGGUCUUUCCCAGUGUUGCUGCUGGACUCGGUACCCUGGUAUCUACGCCUCUACAUCCACACGCUCACMGUCACCAGCAAGGGAAAAGACAAUAAGCCCAGUUACAUCCACUACCAGCCUUCUAAGGACCGCAUGCGGCCCCACCUACUGGAGAUGCUGGUCCAGCUUCCUCCACACUCCGUUACCGAGGUUACAGUGCAGUUUGAGAGGGCUCUGCUUAAAUGGACAGAAUACACCCCUGAUCCCAACCACGGCUUUUACGUCGGGUCCUCCGUCAUAAGUGCUCUUGUUCCAAGCACUGUUGCCAUGGAUACAAACAACACUCAGGAUCGACCACUCUUCAGCAGCUUUUUUCCCUGCAAAGAGGAGUCCAGCUACUUUGUGCGUGUCUACACAGAACCCCUGCUGGUCAACCUGCCAACUCCAGAUUUCAGCAUGCCGUACAACGUCAUCUGCCUGACGUGCACUGUUGUGGCUGUGGGCUACGGCUCCCUGUACAACCUUCUGACCCGAAGCUUCCAGAUAGAAGAACCCAACCCAGGACUGGCCAAGAGGAUAGCAAACAUCAUCCGCAAGAUGAGGGGCGUGCCGCCGCUCUGAGGCUGCAAAACAGAGCUCGCUGCUUGACCUUUCGUUUGUGAGCUCUUUCGAAAAGACAAAAACAUUUGAUGAUCAGGGAAAAGUGAGUCAAGCACUGGUAAGGAUGUAAUUAAAUGAGCUAACUUGAAGUUGUUGUUUUUUUUUUUUUUUUUCAACAAAUAAAAGAGGACUUUUGAUUUUAUUCACACUAAAGGUUUUAAAAUCAAAUUCUUGUGAAGAAAAUGCAGACAUUGGCCCUUUUUGAAUGAGGAAAAUGAAUAAAUUCAUUUCUAUUAUUUCUAUUGACCACUUCAGUGGUUUGUGGAUGUUUGAAACAACACCUUUUUAUUUGAUUAAAAUUCAGAUACUCAAUGUUUACUGUUACUUUAAGAAACCCAAUAUAUUUGUCUGCUUUCUGAAAUUUAUUCAAUGAUAAACUGCAGCCCAAAUAACUCAAACAGCAAUAUCGGUACCUUUGGACUUGUAAUGUGUUUUUCACYUGUUGUUUGUCGUCUCCUGUCCUGGAAAGAUAAGAUAAACUGACCCAUUCUGUCACAGUGACUUUGUCAGAAUGACAUUUGUUGUCAGUAUAGUCACCACCCAAAACUGCAGUUUCUAACAUCAAAAACAACAAUAAAAUACAAGUUUUUAAAAAAAUA